UAUAGUUUCUGCCCUUGUCUCUGCCUCCAGCUCCUUAAGAGCCACCCAACCCCAGCGAUUGGAUUGGGCAGCCCGUCUUGACACACCACUGUGCUGAGUGCUUGAGGACGUGUUUCAACAGAUGGUUGGGGUUAGUGUGUGUCAUCACACUCGAGUGGGGAUUAGGGGAGAGAGGCAGCCUUGCUGGAGCUGUGUGGUCUUCCCCAAGUGUGAGCUGCAAGCAAAAGAAGAAACACCUAGCUUUGGGGGAGAAGAGGGAGCAAUCGUUUCCAGCAUCUCAAAGGAAAAAGUAAAAUCCCAUACUUCGUUCAGAUCUUCACACUAACUCUCACAUACCUGUGGUGCUUAUGAAUUAUUGGCCUCCUACUCGUGAAAGAAAUCUAACACUGUCCUCACCACUUACAGAAGAAAAGAGACUGAACUGAGGAAGAGUGGAAAAAUAAUGAUAAUAUUUCUUUCUUGAAUAAGAAAAAGGAUUUGCCUGUAAUAAAUUUGCUGAGCAAGACAUACAGACUUCUACCCAAUGCUAUGAAAAUUAACCAAGGCACAUUAAUUUCAGGAAAUCAUCAAAGGGCUCCUCCUACAGAUGUUCUGAACACGUCUGCAUCCUGGCAAUUUUUUACUGCACCCAGGCUUGAAAGCUAGAGCUCAGACACUUCUGGAUCAGUCUUUUCAUUGAAAUACUGGAACUACUAUGAAGUCUUCUUGGUUUGCACUGAUCUUGGCAGUGCUCAGUACUGAAUUGUUAACAAGUCAGUGUUCCACCAUCAAGUCCCCAAGAUUCAGAGGACGUGUGCAGCAGGAGCGAAAAAAUAUCAGACCAAAUAUCAUCCUUGUACUCACAGAUGAUCAAGAUGUGGAGCUAGGGUCCUUGCAAGUGAUGAAUAAAACCAGAAGGAUUAUGGAGAACGGAGGUGCCUCUUUUAUCAAUGCAUUUGUAACAACCCCGAUGUGCUGCCCAUCACGUUCCUCAAUGCUGACUGGGAAGUAUGUGCACAACCACAACAUAUACACCAACAAUGAAAACUGCUCUUCUCCCUCAUGGCAGGCUACUCACGAGCCACGUACCUUUGCCGUGUAUCUCAAUAACACUGGGUAUAGAACAGCUUUUUUUGGGAAAUACCUCAAUGAAUACAAUGGCAGCUACAUCCCUCCUGGGUGGAGAGAGUGGGUUGGAUUAGUGAAGAACUCUCGCUUCUAUAAUUACACCAUUUCUCGCAAUGGUAACAAAGAGAAGCAUGGAUUUGAUUAUGCAAAGGACUACUUCACAGACCUAAUCACUAAUGAGAGCAUUAAUUACUUCAGAAUGUCUAAGAGGAUAUAUCCCCAUAGGCCCAUAAUGAUGGUCAUCAGCCAUGCUGCACCCCAUGGCCCUGAGGAUUCUGCACCACAGUUCUCAGAGCUCUACCCCAACGCUUCACAGCAUAUCACUCCCAGCUAUAACUAUGCACCAAACAUGGAUAAGCACUGGAUUAUGCAGUACACGGGGCCCAUGCUGCCUAUCCACAUGGAGUUUACAAAUGUCUUGCAGCGCAAAAGACUUCAGACCCUGAUGUCAGUUGACGACUCUAUGGAAAGAUUACACCAAAUGCUCGCAGAGAUGGGAGAGCUGGAGAAUACCUACAUUAUUUACACUGCUGACCAUGGUUACCAUAUCGGGCAGUUCGGACUGGUCAAGGGGAAGUCAAUGCCGUAUGACUUUGAUAUUCGAGUUCCUUUCUUUAUUCGUGGCCCAAGUGUAGAGCCGGGAUCAGUAGUGCCUCAGAUAGUUCUGAAUAUUGAUCUUGCUCCAACAAUUCUGGAUAUAGCAGGACUUGACACACCUCCAGAUAUGGAUGGCAAAUCUGUCCUAAAGCUUCUGGACUUGGAGAGACCAGGAAACAGGUUUCGAACAAACAAGAAGACCAAAAUUUGGCGUGACACAUUUCUGGUGGAAAGAGGCAAAUUUCUACGCAAGAAGGAGGAAUCCAGCAAAAACAAUCAGCAGUCUAAUCAACUACCAAAAUAUGAGAGAGUCAAAGAAUUAUGCCAACAAGCAAGAUACCAGACAGCCUGUGAACAACCAGGACAGAAAUGGCAGUGCACAGAGGAUGCUUCUGGCAAACUUCGAAUUCACAAGUGUAAGGUGCCUAGCGACAUACUUGCCAUCAGGAAGAGAACCCGCAGCAUUCACUCCCGGGGAUACAGUGGUAAAGACAAAGACUGCAACUGUGGAGAUGCUGAUUAUCGAAACAGCAGGGCCCAGAGAAAAAAUCAAAGACAGUUCUUGAGAAACCCUAACGCGCAAAAAUACAAACCCCGAUUUGUUCACACGCGCCAAACCCGGUCCUUGUCUGUGGAAUUUGAAGGUGAAAUAUAUGACAUAAAUCUGGAAGAAGAAGAAUUACAGGUGUUAAAGACCAGGAGUAUCACCAAGCGUCACAAUGCUGGCAAUGAGGAAGGAACAGAGGAAAUUGCUGGUGCUGUUGGUGAUGCGAUGUUCGCUGAUGGCACUGACGCCAUAGGUCAACCCAGCUCUGUUAGAGUGACACACAAAUGUUUUAUUCUUCCAAAUGACACUAUCCACUGUGAGAGGGAGCUGUACCAAUCUGCCAGAGCCUGGAAGGACCACAAGGCUUACAUUGAUAAGGAGAUUGAAGCUCUCCAAGACAAAAUUAAGAAUUUGAGGGAAGUUAGAGGACAUCUAAAGAGAAGAAAACCAGAUGAAUGUGACUGUAGUAAACAGAGCUAUUACAAUAAAGAGAAAGGGGUGAAGGCCCAAGAGAAACUCAAGAGCCAUCUUCAUCCUUUCAAAGAAGCAGCACAGGAAGUGGAUGGCAAACUGCAGCUGUUCAAAGAGAACCGGAGAAGGAAGAAGGAAAGGAAGGGGAAAAGGCGCCAGAAGAAAGGAGACGAGUGCAGCCUUCCUGGACUGACGUGUUUUACGCAUGACAACAACCACUGGCAAACAGCUCCGUUCUGGAACUUGGGCUCCUUCUGUGCUUGCACAAGCUCGAAUAACAACACUUACUGGUGUUUGCGAACAGUUAAUGACACCCACAAUUUUCUCUUUUGUGAGUUUGCAACUGGCUUCUUGGAAUAUUUUGAUAUGAACACUGAUCCCUAUCAGCUGACCAACACAGUGCACACAGUGGAAAGAGGCAUUUUAAAUCAGUUACACAUACAGCUGAUGGAACUGCGCAGCUGUCAAGGUUAUAAGCAGUGCAAUCCAAGGCCGAAGGGACUUGAAACAGGAAAUAAAGAUGGAGGAAGCUAUGAUCCACACAGAGGACAGUUAUGGGAUGGAUGGGAAGGCUAACCUGCCCAGUUUCACUGGUGACAUUGACUGGCAAGGACUGGAAGACUUGUACAGUGUGAAUGAAAGUGUAUAUGAAUACAGAUACAACUUUAGACUUAGUCUGGCUGACUGGACUAAUUACUUGAAGGAUGUAGAUAGAAUGUUUGCACUGCUGAACAGUUACUACCAGCAAAAUCAAACAGACAAGGAUAACACUGCUCGAAGCAAUAGGGAUGGGCACGAAUCAUCCACGCCUUUCACCUCGGUGGAAAUGACUUCUGCUGAAGAGUCGAGCGGCCUGAGUGCAGAAGAGUUGCAGCUGAUUGUGCCAACGGACUUUGCAGCCCUUGCUUUGAGCACAGUGACUUUAAGUCAGGAGAGGAAACUUGAAUUAAACAAUGAUAUUCCUGAGAAAAGUAGUUUGAAUGACGCACACUGGAAAAAUAGUCAUCAAGCUGAAAAAUGGAUGGAGGAUAAAGAAUCGGACCGUUUUGAUAUGGAUUUCAGUGGAAAUGGUUUGAUAGAGUUGGAGUCCCGCCAUACCUUUAUGCUACAGCCCAUCAGCAUUCCUCAAAAAGAUGCUCAUCAGGAUAGUGACACUAUGGAAGAUAUAUUUGAGGAUCAAAUGUAUCUUCCCAUGAGGUCUGAUGAACCUCUUGUUCAUCAGGCUGUAAACAUAUCCAUUAGGGAUUCACCUAUCAGUACCCAGAAAGCAGGAACUUUCUUAAAAAAACCAGAACAGAAUCUUGCAGGAGAAAGUUCACAAAUCUUAAAUGUAGAAGGCAGUGCCUCAGCUCCACUCUCCUUGGAUUAGAUCCAGUUGUAAACUGUUAAAUAAGUUCUCCUUUUUCUUAGUAGCAGACUAAUAAAAGUAAUCAUGACAACUGACAUUCCAUGUUUAUUGUAGAUACAUUUUGCAGCUAAAUUGAGCCCAGUUCAGUAUUUGUGUCCUUUUUUUCUUAUUUACAUGCACAUGCUUUCCCCACUGGGAAGCAAGAUUUCCAGUUUUUCAUUAGAAGAAACAGUGUUAACUUUGAAAUGCAGUAGCACAUUCUACGAAAGCUAAAAAUUAUUUCUUUGAAGAGGAUGUCAAGUUACUUUCUCUAUUCCCAAAUGAUCCCAACAUGAAUGAGUGUUUCAUUUCACCCAAUAUGCCUGCACAAUGUCUUUCUCAUCAAUUAUUUUAACCACUGGCAAUUCUUAAUGUCACACUUUCAAGUAAAAUGCACUUUUAAAAUCUGUAUGCCAUACCAUUUAUGAAUCCAAUACCUUACAGGUUCUUAGUUUGCUCAUUGUUUCAUGAAAUUGUGAAACCAAUAAAUAGAUUGACAGGAAAGAGGUAAACAGCAUGGAUUGUGGAAACAGACUCUUUGAAUAUUAUUUUAGCACAAAUACUGCAUGUUUUUGUUGCUUUAAUUAAAUUUACUCUCAGAAAGGUAUGGCUAACAAUUGUUAACUGUAGAAGGAUUUGUUUAAAUUGGAUUGUUUCCCUAUAUGUUGAUACUGUCAGUAUUAAAAUUCCAUUGAUUUUUUUUUCUGAUACUGGUAAAAAGGUUUACAUCAAUAGAUAAAUGCUUCUGUCAUCCCACCUGAUUUUAUCUUGAAAGCAUUAUCAUUUUGAUUCUUAAAUUCUUUCUUUGUUUUGAACAGGCAUUAAAGGGAAUGAUAAAAUCAUGUUAGAUUUCCAUUAUUUUAGAUACAAAGGGCACAUGAGGUUAAAAAAUAGUAGUUUAGAUAAUUUUUGUUGUAUUCUAAAUUUUUUCUUGAACUUUACCAAACAUUAAAUUUUAUGAAGUAUAACACCAAAAUUA